UCUACAGGUAUAGCGCCUUUUGUUACCGCAGACCCUGAAGUGAUGGGAACGACAGGCUGUGGAGCAGCUGGUGUUUUCCUCACCCCUUAAGCCCCCCAUCUGGCACUCGGGCACUAAUCCACUCAUCCGGCCGUCUGGCCUUCUGUUGACUGCGUGUUUUGUCAGGGCCCCCCCCCCCCCAGCACUGGAAGCCGCGUCACAACACCUCACUAAUCCCACUUGACACCUUGACAGAAGGCUGCCUGUCCAGUGGCGAUCAGCCGGUCAGUCACGCCAGCAGGAGCCCACCGAGCGGUCAUGCCGUACCGAAGAACCGCCGCCCAGCAGCACAGAGGCUACAGCCGGCGCUGGAUGGGGCGCAAGAGGUCCAACAGCACCAGUGUCUGCACGCUGCCCAGCAUCCCCGAGUACCCGGGCUUUCAGGACAUGCAGGCUUGCAGGAGUCUGCCCAGCAGCACUCAUUCCAGUCCGGUGGUCUCUGUGCGACCAGCAAAGCGGAAUUCCUUUCCGUUCCCGAAGGUCGAGACGGCUUCCCCCGUUGAAAAUCUGGUCCACGGGAGCCUGCUGUUCCAGCAAGAGUUUGGCAGGUCUCGGGUGUGGGGGGGCUUCCAGGACAAGACCAUGGAAGACUACUUCAAUGGAAGGCUAAUGGAGCUGAAGAACCUGGAGAGCCUGCGCCGGCCGAGCACCACUAUGGGGGUAUCGGGACCCCGGCACUGCGGCCGGGUGAGGCGCCAUAAUAGCUGCAGUGACCUCCGGGUGGGCGGUGCCGUCAAGGCCUGUAAGGGUCCCAUGAAAGGCUGCGAGGGGGCAAUGAAGUCCUACAGCAUGCUGGAUUUCUACAAAUGGUGCCGAAGUGACUGCUGGAACAAGCUGGCACAGGGCAUCACCAGCUGGCGUGUCUUCAAGUCGUGA